AUGGCUUUUCUCCUGGCGGAAGUCAGCCUGCAGGCGCUGGGCAUGGCCGCCGCCGCUGCGCAUCGGUGUGAAGAAACGUUGUACGCGGGUUUGGUUCGCGUCGUGCGUCACGACUGGCUUCCAUCACGGGUGUUUGAUCGACUCGGUCACCGAGCCCCACGCCGCUGCGUUUCCACCAAGGAAGAGAUGCUCGUCCGGGUCAAAGCGGCCUCGGUCACCAAGAUUGUGAUGCUCAACCAUACCUACGACGAUGUGCAAGCAUUUACCGCUCGGGUGCCGUCCAUCUCGAUGAGCAGCCUGAUCUGGACCACGCGUGAUGUGGCGCUCGCAACCUUGGAAGAGACGCGGCGUCUUCCCUACACCAAGCGUUGGAUCCAGGACUGUGAUGAUAACAUCUGCGCUCUCAUCCGCGACAGCCGCCGUCCCUUGAUCAUCAUCACGCACAACGAGGCCACGCACUACUUUGAUCAGGCUGUUGACGCGGUUCGCUUCUUGCGCCAUGCCAUGGGCCGCAACCACUACGUCAUUGUUUGUAGCCACCGCGGCGUGCAGGAGGAAAAGUCGGUUCGCACUCUGUUACGCUUGACGGGCCUGACAGAUCCCGCCGACCAGGACAUUAUUUGGAACACGGUCCAACCCGUGAGCAACAGCACCACCCUGACGGGACUUUACGUGGCCGAUCUCUCCGACAAUACCCUGCUCCGCGUGGGUCACACCUUUCAUCGUGGUGCCACGUGGACCAUCGUCCUUCAGCCCAAUCUGGAGGACGCCAACGUCCUCCUUCCUCGUAUCUACCGGCAGAGCCCCUCCACGGGCACUUUUUUCUUCUUCGCCGGCCCCAGCAACGCACGCCACGGUGCCCCACUCUUGGGGGGCCAGUGCUUCACCGUCACUGACUUUAUGUGUUUGCUGGAGAACCAGCGCCGUCGCAGCCUCCCCGAUAUCAUCAUUGUCUUGGCCACGGGCAAUGCUAUGCGCCAAGCGCGUGCCGUGGAGGCCUCACUCGGCAACGGCCGCGACCCUCGCUGGCUCAUCCGUCAAAACUUGCUGAAUAUCCUGGGCAAAAAGCACCCGUUUGCCAUGUCCUGGUCGACCACGCUUUGUGGUGAUGACAGCUCCUUUGACCGCAAAAUCUCGGAUGGCCGCCCUCCCAAGAUGGCCCACCUGGCGGUACCGGCCCCCUCGGAGGCCGAGCAUGCCGAGCGCACGACCAUGAGCCUGGCCGUGCUCUUUCGUCGCUUCCCACGUGCCGGCUGGCAUUGCAACUGGCAACGUCCACCCGUUCGCUUUUCCUCGGACCGCAUCGGCACCUCACGCGGCGUUCGCGAACUCGUCAAGGCCGACAAUGCCCGCCAGCGUCUUCCCCUGAUCCUCUGGCCCAUGGGUGUAGCCCCAGGUAAUAAUGUGGCCACCAUUGGUGUCGCUCUUGAUAGUUAUGACCGCGAUGCACAGGAACGAGCCCGCACACCCAGUGAUUAG